AUGCCCGACCAGUUCAACAAUGAUCCAGCCCCCAACUCUGUCUUUUCUGCUGGUGACGACAAGACCAGUUUCCUCGAGCAGUUGAAACUGAGGGCUGCAGAGGUGGCAAAGAGCUUUAGAUUGGACAUGUGGUUGGCGAGACAUACGCCGAGCUCGGUCUUGCCAAGGCUGAACAAGGUGUUGGCUGCUGUAAAGGACGAGUAUGCGGACGCGGUACAGGCAGGCGGUGGCGUGUACUGUGUGGGCGUCAGUGUGGGUGGUAGAUUUGCACUCUUACUGGCCAGCGAGUUGGGGGCCGAUGUGCUCGAGGGUCAAAAGGAGGUUAGCGAAGAAGCGGCCGGCAAGGUCGAGGAAGGCAUGAUCAGAAGAGGGCCAGCUGUCAAGGCUGCUGUCAUUCUCCAUGGUGCAACCAUUGAGCGCGAAGACUUUACUGGUGUCAAGAGUCCCAUUGGUCUUUUGACCGUGGACGAAGACCCUUUGUUCAGCGAUGAGGUGCGCGAGGCCGGCGUCAAGAGCUUGAAAGAGAAGGGUGUCGAAGUCCAGGAAUGGACCUAUCCUGGUGUACCCCAUGGUAAGUCGAGUUUGUCCCAAUCGAAGAAGUUGUCAGCUGACAAUCCAUCACAGNGCUUUGCUAUCGUUGGCGAGUAUCAAGACGAAGCCAUCAAGCAAGCACAGAAGCAAGCCUUUGAAGUGGUUCUCGAAUGGCUGAAGGUCCACUAA